AUGAGCAAAACGAUCACUUUCGUCACCGGCAACAGCAACAAGCUUAAAGAAGUGAUUGCCAUUUUGGGCGGCCAGCCUAAACCUGAAGGAUCCAAAGUAGGUAAUUUCACCGUUGUCAAUAAGUCUCUUGAUCUCGAUGAAGUUCAAGGCACCAUUGAAACUGUCACCAUUCACAAAGCCAAAGAGGCAGCCAGGCAGGUCAAUGGCGCUGUUUUGGUGGAAGACACGUGUCUUGCAUUCAAUGCCAUGAAUGACUUGCCUGGGCCGUACAUUAAGUGGUUUUUGAAAGCCAUAGGACUUCAAGGACUUGUAGACAUGCUUUACAAGUUUGAAGAUAAGGGAGCAAAGGCAGUGUGCACAUUUGGCUACUGUGAAGGUCCGGAGAGUGAAGUCAAGUUGUUUCAGGGCAUCACUAAGGGUAAGAUCGUCGACAGCAGGGGACCUACGGAUUUUGGUUGGGACUCAGUGUUUGAGCCAGAGGGAUUCAACGAGACGUAUGCUGAAAUGGAUAAGAGCUUGAAGAAUACAAUUUCCCAUAGGUUUAGGGCGUUGGACAAGUUGAGAGAGUUUCUCAAAAGUCAAGAGUAA